ACCACGCCGAAAGCUAUUAUUCCCCUUCUUUUUCACGUCUCAUCACUUUUCGCUCCGCUCUCCUUCCCCACACCACCCCUCUUCCAUCAUCGCGUUCACAUUCUCUCUCUCUCUCUCUCUCUCUCUCUCCUCGAGUUUCUCUCUUCAUCCUCGUCGACUCGUCGUCUCCCUUUCAUCUUCGAUCGAUCGCCACCGCGGAGAGAAAUGGCCAAUGCGGCGUCGGGAAUGGCUGUGAACGAUGAGUGUAAGCUGAAAUUCUUGGAGCUGAAGGCGAAGAGGACUCACCGCUUCGUAAUCUUCAAGAUCGAGGAGAAGCUGAAGCAGAUCAUCGUGGAGAAGGUCGGUGAGCCGACUCUGAACUAUGAUGAUUUCACCGCGAGCCUCCCAGCGGACGAGUGCAGAUACGCGGUCUAUGACUUUGAUUUCGUCACGGAAGAGAAUUGCCAGAAGAGCAAGAUAUUCUUCAUUGCUUGGUCGCCGGACACUUCGAGGGUGAGGAGUAAGAUGCUCUAUGCUAGCUCAAAGGACAGGUUCAAGAGGGAGUUGGAUGGUAUUCAGGUUGAACUCCAGGCAACUGAUCCUACUGAGAUGGGAUUGGAUGUCAUCAGAGGCCGCGCCAACUGAAGCUGCAUUUAUUCGUAAUGCAAUGGGUUAGUUGGCUGCUUACCUGUGGUGUUCAUAAUUUCACGGGACAAUGUGUUGGCUAGAUAAUAUGGCUAUUUCUUUUUCAGUUUAUUACAUACUAUACUGUUUUGCCCUUGAAUAACAUCAUUAAUUCUGGCUAUGCCAUUUGUUAUUCUCCCGGACCUAUCUGAUGGGUGUUUCCUUGUAGAAGGAUGUUUACAAGCUAAUGAUUGCAGCGGUUUGCGGUGGUAGCCGGACAGGCAAAACCCUUGUUUCCUUUUAGAUGGUUGUGCACCCAUUUGAGUGUUGUCUUGACUCUUACUGCUUACCAUAAUAAUCUUUCUAUGUGAUGGAUUCGUAAAUUUUGAAUCA